AUGUCUUUCGGAAAGCUCUACAGCUACUCGGGUAACCCGCGUACCACCUCUCUCCUGGCCGUCGCGAAGGAGAAUGGUCUCGACAUCGAGUUCGUCGACACUGAGCCAGCCAAGGGUGUCUCUGAGGACUACCUGAAGCUCAACAAGCUCGGCAAGGUCCCUACCUUCGAGGGUGCUGACGGCUUUGUCCUCUCUGAGUGCAUCGCCAUCGCUGUCUACCUUGCCUCGCAAAACGAGAAGACCAGCCUUCUCGGCAAGACCAAGCAGGACUACGCCACCAUCCUGCGAUGGAUGUCCUUCGCCAACACUGAGGUCCUCUCUCCCCUUGGUGGCUGGUUCCGCCCCAUCCUCGGCCGCGACCCUUACAACAAGAAGAGCGUCGACGAGUCACAGAAGGCCGCUCUCAAGGCCGUCCACGUCAUUGAGGAGCACCUUCUUACACACACCUACCUUGUUGGUGAGCGUCUGACUCUUGCCGACAUCUUCGCUGCUAGCAUCCUUGCCCGCGGCUUCCAAUACUUCUUCGACAAGCAGUGGCGCGACUCCAACCCCAACACUACCCGUUGGUACGAGACCGUCUACAACCAGUCCAGCUACUCCGCUGUCGCGCCCAAGCUCGAGUUCAUCUCCGAGGCGCUGAAGAACGUCGCACCCAAGAAGGAGGGUGGUGAGAAGAAGAAGGAGCAGCCCAAGGCUGCCCCUAAGCCCAAGCAGGAGGAGGCUGAGGAGGAGGAGGAGGCGGCACCCGCCCCCAAGCCCAAGCACCCUCUCGAGUCCCUGCCCAAGGCCACAUUCGUCCUUGACGACUGGAAGCGCAAGUACUCCAACGAGGAGACCCGUGAGGUUGCCCUUCCCUGGUUCUGGGAGAACGCCAACUUCGAGGAGUACUCCAUCUACAAGGUUGACUACAAGUACAACGAUGAGUUGACUCUCACCUUCAUGACCGCCAACCUGAUCGGUGGUUUCUUCACCCGUCUCGAGGCUAGCCGCAAGUACCUCUUCGGCUGCUGCUCCGUAUACGGACAGUCCAACGACUCCAUCGUCACUGGUGCGUUCAUCGUCCGUGGCCAGGAGGCUCUCCCCGCCUUCGAUGUCGCCCCCGAUGUCGAGAGCUACGAGUUCACCAAGCUCGACCCCACCAAGCCCGAGGACAAGGAGUUUGUCAACGACCAGUGGUCGUGGGACAAGCCCAUCGAGGUCAACGGCAAGUCCUACGAGUGGGCUGACGGCAAGGGCUCUGGAGGUGGACCGAGCGAAGACAAUGUCACAGGCUUCCUCGUCCGGUCAACAGCAACAAACUGGGCCAAAAACUCCGUCAUCACUGUAGAUGCAGGCUCCCAUCUUGCGUCGAUAACCCGAAUACUUGGGAAGGAUUUUCCACUUGUUUCCGACCCAGACCCACCAUUGCCGACUUCAAGGAACGGUAACAGUAACAGAAAUGAAAUCGACACGCAUGCUGAGUCGCCGUCGCCAGGUACAGCGCAUGUCUCACUAUCGGAUGACGACUCCGGGGCUGAGACACCAGAUUCCGAGCAAGAAGUACCAGUCACUAUCACCACAUUGAAGAAUGGUGCAUUCGCGGGGUUGCCUUUCCCACAUCAGAGUGCUAGGGCGAAUGCACUGCAUGUUGUGAGGGAGCAUAUCUCGACAUACCUCAUCACACAUCCACAUCUGGAUCAUGUUUCAGGCUUCGUCAUCAACACAGCAGCCUUUCAUAACACAUCGCGACCGAAACGACUAGCAGCACUGCCGUUCACCGUCAACGCCAUCAAAAAUCACAUCUUCAAUAACAUCAUCUGGCCUAACCUUACAGACGAAGAUGGAGGAGUAGGUCUGGUAACAUUCCAGCGGCUUGCAGAAGGCGGGAACAUCGCUCUGGGCGAAGGAAGCUCGAGAGGGUAUAUCGAAGUGUGUGACGGUCUAGGGGUCAAAGGCUUCAAAGUGUCUCACGGCCACUGCAUGCAGGGACCAGGUCAUGUACACCGCGGAUCGAAUGCCAAUCUACUGGAAACCUCAAGUCUACAGCAUCCAAACACUUCUCAACCGUACAGUCAAUCAGACGGCCACGGAGGUCGUUCCAUGAGCUUCUCCAUGGCAACACAAAGCACACCCGGCACUCCCGGUUUCAAUGGCAGCACAGAGACCGGCCGACGAGCCAGCGGCGUCACAGUCCCCCAACCCCAACAACCGGUUUCUCAAGAUCACUGCGUAAUCGACUCAACCGCCUACUUCAUCCGCGCAGAGUCCACUCUCACGACCCCCAAACGUGAAAUUCUGAUCUUCGGCGAUGUUGAACCAGAUUCCCUUUCUCUUUCUCCACGCACCCGUCUGAUCUGGAGCGAAGCAGCUCCGAAAAUCGCUGCCGGCAUACUAAAAGGCAUAUUUAUAGAAGUCUCGUAUACAAAUGCUCAAGCCGAUGCCGUCUUGUUCGGCCACCUAGCACCACGUCACCUCCUCGAGGAACUCAGCGUCCUCGCAGGCAUGGUAAAGGACAGUAAAAAACAACACGAACGCGAAAAAGAAGAGAUACGCCUACAAAAGAGGAAAAAGCGGAAGCGAGCCAGCGGCGGUGCGAACAACGCCCUCCAACUCGAUAGCCUUACAUCAGGCGAAAACGGGAGGAAAGCUAAGAUGGGUGGUUUCCUGGGUGGAGUGGGCAAGGGGAUUGAUUCUCCAGUUUCGACGACGAAUUAUCACUCCCAGACGGAUGACGAAAUUAUGAGUGACUUCCCGCUGUCGAGAGGGGAUACAGGGACGAAUACUCCAGUUCCCUUUCCUCCUCCACUUCAGCCUCAGCAGUCUUUACAUCUUGACCAACCACAACAGCACGGACAGGAACAUCAGAACGGCACGACCGAACCACAGCACUCCCACCCGUCAGCCCCGGCAGCGCUUGGUCUCUCGUCCGUCUCAGCGGAACACAACCGCGCCAUGCUCUCCGCGGCUUUUGACGCUCCCCUUAAAGGUGUCAAGGUCGUUAUCAUUCAUGUUAAGGAUUCUUUUAUGGAUGGGCCGCUGGUUGGAGGUCAAAUAUUGAGGGAGUUGAAGGAUGGAGAGAAGGUUUUGCAGGACACUGGGAGGGGUUUGGGGUGUCAGUUUGAGGUUAGCGCUGCAGGGGAGAGUUAUUGGUUCUAA